UUUUUAGGGAAGACUUGCAAAAACGAUUGUUGAGCCCCGACUUCAAGAAACAAGUAGAUGGGCUGGAAAUCCUACAGAAGGCACUUCCAUCUGUUUCAAAGGAGAUAAUAGAAGUAUUAGAUAUACUUCUCAGGUGGUUUGUAUUGCAAUUCUGUAAAUCCAACACAACCUGUCUGCUAAAGGUGCUUGAGUUUCUUCCGGAACUUUUCAACACAUUGAGGGAUGAAGAAUACUGCAUGACGGAAGCAGAGGCUGCAAUAUUUCUGCCCUGUUUGGCGGAGAAGUUGGGGCAUAACAUUGAAAAAGUAAGAGAAAAAAUGCGGGAGCUGAUGAAGCAGAUUAUCCAAGCAUAUUCUGUGGCAAAGACAUAUCCCUAUAUUUUAGAAGGUUUACGUUCCAAAAACAACCGAACGAGGAUAGAGUGUACUGAUCUCAUAGGAUAUCUACUCGAGACUUGUGGUACCGAGAUAAGUGGACUACUGAAAUACUUAAAUAUGGUUGCAAGCUUGACGGCCGAAAGAGAUGGUGAACUCAGAAAAGCUGCUUUGAACACCAUGGCUACUGGUUAUAAGAUUCUUGGUGAUGAUAUCUGGAAAUAUGUUGGGAAGCUUACAGAUGCUCAAAAGAGUAUGAUUGAUGAUAGAUUCAAGUGGAAAUUUGGCCAUCAGAUCAAGGAAAUGGAGAAAAGAAGAGAAGGGAGACCUGGGGAGGCACGGGCAGCAUUAAAGCGUUCUGUUAGAGACAACGGACCAGAAGUGGCAGAGCAAAGUGGUGACCUUUCUCAAAUAGCCCCUGGUUCUUUAUUUCCAAGGCAAAGCUAUGGUAUUUCGGAACAAAUUCUGGAGAGGAACCCAGUACCUCGGACAAUUGCUGGAGUUAAUGGCCCUACAGACUGGAAUGAGGCUUUGGACAUCAUUAUGUUUGGUUCUCCGGAGCAGUCGGUUGAAGGGAUGAAAGUUGUGUGUCAUGAGUUGGCACAGGCUUCUAAUGAUCCUGAAGAGAGUGCAAUUGAUGAACUUGUGAAGGAUGCUGAUGGACUUGUUUCAUGCUUAGCAAAUAAGGUUGCCAAAACAUUUGAUGUUAGCUUAAUGGGAGCUUCAUCGAGGUCAUGUAAAUAUGUUUUGAACACACUUAUGCAGACAUUCCAAAAUAAGAAGCUUGCCCAUGCAGUCAAAGAAGGGACUCUUGAAAGCCUUAUAACAGAGCUCUUGCUUUGGCUUCUGGAUGAAAGAGUUCCACGUAUGGAAGAUGGCAGCCAACUUCUGAAAGCUCUGAACGUUUUGAUGCUUAAGAUCCUGGAUAAUGCAGAUCGGACAUCAUCGUUUGUGGUCCUUAUUAGCUUGCUACGUCCUCUUGAUCCAUCUAGAUGGCCUUCACCUGCUACGGCUGAAGUUUAUGCUGUCCGGAAUCAGAAAUUCUCUGAUUUGGUAGUUAAAUGCCUUAUUAAACUUACAAAGCUCCUCCAAAGCACCAUAUAUGAAGUUGAUCUUGAUAGGCUUCUUCAGAGUAUCCAUGUAUAUCUGCAAGAGCUGGGAAUGGAAGAGAUACGUAGGAGAGCUGGGGCAGAUGAUAAACCUCUGAGGAUGGUGAAAACUGUUCUACAUGAACUUGUUAAGCUCCGGGGAGCCGCAAUUAAGGGUCACUUGUCUCUUGUCCCUAUUGACAUGAGGCCACAACCCAUUAUUCUCGCUUACAUCGACCUGAACCUUGAGACUUUAGCUGCAGCAAGAAUGUUAACCGCAACAGGUCCUGUGGGUCAAACCCAUUGGACAGAUUCAACAGCCAACAAUCCUUCACCUCCCGCAAAUUCUGCUGAUGUUCAGUUGAAGCAAGAGCUUGGGGCGAUUUUUAAGAAAAUUGGGGACAAACAAACUUCCACAAUUGGUCUUUACGACCUCUACCACAUCACUAAGUCAUAUCCAAAGGUUGAUAUCUUUUCCCAACUUCAAAACGCUAGUGAGGCGUUUCGUACUUACAUUAGAGACGGUUUGGCCCAGGUUGAGAAGAAUGCAGCUUUGGGGAGAACACCUUCAAGCCUACCGUUGUCAACUCCUCCCCCUUCUUCCUUGGCUCUCCCAUCUCCUGAUAUUCCUUCCUUGUCGUCUUUAGAUGUGAAGCCUCUGAUGAACCCUAAAUCUGAGUCAUACACCGACGACAUCCGAGCCAGUAACAUGAAUCCUGGAGUGAUGACUGGGACGCUAGAUGCAAUCAGAGAAAGGAUGAAGAACAUGCAACUGGCUUCAUCAGGAACCCUCGAGCCAGUAAGCAAACCGCUGAUGCCAACAAAUGAGAACUUAUCAAUGAACCACCAGACCAUUCCCCAGAGCCAAAUGGGACCAGAGAGUCCGCACUCACACCCAGUGGUUCUCCCAAUGGAUGAGAAAGCAUUGUCCGGUCUUCAAGCUAGAAUGGAGAGGCUCAAAGGUGGAUCACUGGAACAUAUGUAGAAACUAGAGACCCCAAGCUUUGGAGUCUAAAAGUUACAAAACAAGAGCGCCAUUUUUGUUACUUCUCUCGAAUUAAUGUAGUGCUAGUAGACUAGUAGUAGUAAAACACUCUUUUAAAUAUAUAUAUAUAUAUAUAUAUAUACAUACAUGUAAGAGGAGAUAUAUUUAUGGCGAAGAUGGUACUGCGGCUAGUAGAUUUCCAUGGGAGUUAGGUGUGUAUAGUUGGUUGGAGAAGAUAACGAGUGUGUGAGAGAUUCUUUUGAAGAUGAGACGACAAAUAUUAUUCUUUCUCUGUUUACAGUUCUAUUUUCA